AUGGCGAUGGUCACUACUGACGCCGCCGCCACCACCGCCACCGCCACCGCCACAGCCACCGCCGCCGCCGAGAAGCCGCAGGACGCCGAGAAGCCAGACUACGCCCCCUACAACGGCGCUUCCACCGCCGCGGAUGGCGGCACGGGCGCCCGCGCCCGCCGCGGCGGCGGUGGCCGUGGCCGUGGCGUGGUGGACUCGGUGGUGGCGCGGUGGCGGCGUGAGGACAUGCUCGACAAGAGCCCCCUCGCGCUGCAUGCCGCGGCCGCCGUCUUCGCCUUCGUCGCGCUCGUGCUCGUCGCGUCCAACCAGCACGGCGACUGGAUGCAGUUCGACCGCUACCAGGAGUACAGGUACCUGCUUGCAAUCGCGUCGCUGGCGUUGCUCUACUCGCUGGCGCAGGCGGCGCGGCACGCGCACCGGAUGCGCGGCGGCGUCGACCCCGUCUCCUCAGCAUCUGGGAGGCUUCUGGAUUUCGUCGGUGAUCAGGUAGUUGCAUACUUGCUGAUGUCCGCGCUGUCGGCUGCCGUCCCCAUCACGAACCGCAUGAGAUCUGCAGUUGUCAACAACUUCACAGAUGCGACCGCUGCAGCAAUCAGCAUGGCCUUCUUUGCAUUUCUAGCUCUUGCCUUGUCAGCAGUGGUUUCUGGUUACAAGCUCUCCAAACAAACAUACAUGUGA